AUGGCGCUGGGCGGCGGAGGCAACAUCAAGGUCGUGGUGAGAGUGCGACCUUUCAACAGCAGAGGUACCUCCCCCAUACCGCUCGACACCAAUGCGCAUGAGACUGAUCUUGUCGUCAUGUANGAAAUCGAUCGCAGGGCACAAUGUAUUGUGCAGAUGAAAGGCGAGCAAACGGUGCUCUCUCCACCAACCAAUGUCGCCAACAAGAAUGCAAAGGCCGCCAAUGAGGGGUCCAAGACCUUCGCCUUCGACAAGAGUUACUGGUCCUUCAACAAGAAAGAUGCCAGUUAUGCCGGCCAGGACAACCUCUUCGACGAUCUCGGAAAGCCGUUGCUGGACAAUGCCUUUGGCGGUUACAACAACUGUAUCUUCGCCUACGGUCAGACUGGUUCCGGAAAGUCCUACUCGAUGAUGGGUUAUGGCCCGGAAGAAGGUGUCAUCCCCAAGAUUUGCAGAGCCAUGUUUGAGCGUAUCGAGGAGGCCCAAAAGGACAACAACCUAAACUGUACUGUCGAGGUGUCGUACCUCGAGAUCUACAACGAGCGCGUCCGAGAUCUGUUGAAUCCCUCGACCAAAGGCAACCUCAAAGUUCGCGAACAUCCUUCGACCGGUCCGUAUGUCGAAGACCUCGCCAAACUCGUUGUUCGCUCCUUUGCCGAGAUCGAUCACCUCAUGGAUGAGGGUAACAAGGCCCGCACCGUCGCAGCCACCAAUAUGAACGAGACCAGUAGUAGAUCGCAUGCUGUCUUUACCCUCACCUUGAGCCAAAAACGCCAUGACGCAGACACGGGAAUGGACACGGAGAAGGCCGCCAAGAUCUCGCUGGUCGAUUUGGCUGGUUCAGAAAGAGCUCAGUCUACAGGUGCAACUGGCGCGCGUCUAAAGGAAGGCGCUGAGAUCAAUCGGUCUCUAUCUACACUUGGUCGUGUUAUUGCUGCUUUGGCCGACCUCUCCAGCGCCAAGCCUGGUGCCAANAAGAAGAAUGCUCAGGUUCCGUAUCGUGACUCGGUCCUGACCUGGCUAUUGAAGGAUUCUUUGGGUGGCAACAGCAUGACGGCUAUGAUUGCUGCCAUCUCACCUGCCGAUAUUAACUUCGACGAAACUCUUUCUACACUCCGUUACGCAGACUCUGCAAAACGCAUCAAGAACCACGCCGUUGUGAACGAAGACGCCAACGCUCGUAUGAUCAGAGAGUUGAANGAGGAACUUGCCCAACUACGCUCAAAACUUACCACUGGUGGUAGUGUGGGCGAAGGUGGUGCAAUUGCUGGUGAGCAAUACCCGCCGGACACGCCUUUGGAGAAGCAGAUGGUCUCCAUCACACAAGCCGAUGGCACGGUCAAACAAGUGUCAAAGGCGGAAAUUGUGGAGCAAUUAGAUCAAUCCGAGAAGCUCUACCAGGAUCUGAAUCAGACCUGGGAGCAAAAGUUACAAAAGACAGAGCUCAUCCAUAAGGAGCGUGAAGCUGCCUUGGAAGAGCUUGGCAUCAGCAUUGAGAAAGGGUUUGUUGGCUUGUCAACACCCAAGAAGAUGCCGCAUCUUGUCAACUUGAGCGAUGAUCCGUUGCUCGCAGAGUGCCUGGUCUACAAUCUUAAACCUGGCACGACAACGGUCGGUAACGUCGACACAGCAAAGACUGCAGAAAUCAGACUCAAUGGUUCCAAGAUCUUGCACGAACACUGCACAUUUGAAAACGAAGAUGAUGUGGUUACCGUAGUUCCCAGAGAAAAUGCCGCCGUCAUGGUCAACGGUCAGCGUGUGGAUCAGCCUAAGAGACUACGCAGUGGUUACCGUAUCAUACUGGGUGACUUCCAUAUCUUCCGUUUCAAUCAUCCACAAGAAGCAAGAGCAGAACGAGCCGAAGAAGGAAGCCGGUUGAAGCAUUCAAUUACAGCGGAUGAGAUCGGCGAUCCCUCAUCACCUUCACCAUCUGUCAGUCAUGAUCGCUCGUGGAGUAACGUCAGUAGGCUGAACCCAGAUUAUGACUUGGACUCAAGAGGCACCUCACCAAUGCCUAUGCGUAGUCUGAGUGGUCGAGAGAAUGACUACGACCUUGCACGAAGAGAGGCUGUCUCGUCAAUGCUUGGCUCCGACCAAAAGAUUGCAGCUCUCACAGACGACGAGCUGGACAAUCUGUUUGAUGAUUUGCAGAAAGUAAGAGCUGUUAGGAGAGGCAGGCCGGAAAGCCGACUAUUUGAUUUGAACGAAGAUGACUCUGAUUCAGUCAGCUCGUUCCCUGUUAGAGAAAAAUAUCUGUCAAACGGAACAUUGGAGAACUUCUCGUUGGACACUGCUCUGACAAUGCCAUCAACGCCACAGGAUGAAGAUGAGGAAGAAACAAUACGGCUGGCCAAAGAAGGGCUUCAAACGGAACUUGAACGACAAAAAGAAGAGUACCGAGCACAGAUACAGUCUGCUCAAGAAAUGAAUGUCGAGGUGGAGACGAUACGUGCCGAGAAGACCAAAAUGGAAGAAAAUCUCAAGGCCGUCAAGGAAGACAUGGAAAAACGACUUCAAGCACAGAAAGACGAAUACGAUCGUCAACUGAAGGAGCUCAGGAACACUACCGUCCAACCUGUCGACCGUAAGACCGGCCUGACAGAGAAGCAACUCCAUCUUGUCAAGUCGUGUAUCCAGCACUGGCGUCAGCAACGAUACGUCGCCAUGGCUGCUGCUCUCCUGCAAAACGCGGCAAUCCUCAAAGAAGCACAAGUGAUGAGUCAACAGAUGGACAAGAACGUUGUCUUUCAAUUCACCGUUGCGGAUGCGGGACAUACGUACGGAUCUUCAUACGACCUUGUCUUGAGCGACAUCAGCGCCGAUGACGAUAUGGCCCUGCACACAUCUCGCAAGCCAUGCACCGCCAUCAGAGUCAUCGACUUUAAGCAUAAUGUCGUCCAUCUAUGGUCUUUACACAAGCUACGUGCUCGUGUGCGCCUGAUGCGUCAGGUCUUUCAAUACAUGGAUAGGCCAGAGUACAUUAAGCAUUUCCGUCUGGACAAUCCAUUCUCAGAGUCAUGCUUGCCGCAGUAUACACGGGUUGGAGACGCCGAUAUCUCAUUAGCUGCUGUGUUCGAAUGUCGAGUACAAGACUUUACCCUCGAUGUUUAUUCGCCAUACACCAAUACGAUGGUCGGCAUUGUCCGACUGUCCUUAGAACCUUCGUCGGCUGAGGCACCCUCGUCCAUGCUCAAGUUUAACGUGGUUAUGCAUGACUUCGUGGGGUUCUCCGAGCAGGAAGGAACUGAAGUUCACGCGCAGCUCUUCUUUCCAGGUAUCUCUGAGGAAGACGGUGCAUCCACCACACAGAUGGUAUCCGACUUUGAUGAAGGACCAGUUCGAUUCGACAGCGUGCACAGCAUGAGUUUGCCCCUUGCCAGUCCACGCGACUCGUCUCUGCGGGUAUCUGUAUUCGCCAGAGUCACCGGUACACAUCUGGACAAGCUACUCAGUUGGGACGACAUGCGUGACUCAGCUGCUAGGCCUCAACUGAAGCGCAACAACUCUCGUAUAGCAGAGCAUGAAUACUACAACGAAGAAGGACACGACGUCUUUGCCCGCGUUCAGGUGCUCGAGAUCGGAGAAGAUGGAUCCUACAAGCCUGUUGAGGUUGUGCAGAAGAACAUAAUGGACCCAGGCACAUAUCAGCUACACCAAGGUCUUCAACGUCGCAUCUCACUCAAUUUGACGCAUACUUCAGGCAAUAUUCUGCCCCUCCAGGAAGUCACAUCGCUGCGAGUUGGUAACGUGCAUCUAGUCGAUCCGUCCGGCAAGGUGCCUGAUCUGAGCUCGCAGCAGACAGAUGUGGUGUUGACUCCUGUAUCGCCACCGGUUGUCCGCACCAACCCUGAUGGUACGACUAGCAUCCACAUCGUCUCACACUGGGACUCUAGCUCUCAUGAAUCCCUCCUGCUCGACAGGCCAACGGCAGAGGGCUAUUGUGUCAAGUUGUCAUUCGCUUGGAUUAUGGCCUCGCCUAAGCUAGCUGAACCUAUAGAGUUCGUGACCGAUUUGGCGGUACAGAUGAGAGGACGAUCUUUCAUGAGGCAAACAUCACUGUUCUCGUCGCUCUUCAGUUCUUCACGUGUUGUUCGCUCCACUAGUGGAACAUUCUCCGUCAUUGUCAAACCCAUACCCUCGAAAAAAGCUGGAGAUCUGUGGCGUCUCAGCACGUCAAACACAUACAUCAAGGGCGAAGAGCUGCUCCAAGGCUGGUCACCUCGUGGUGUGUCAUUGAUUCAUGACUACAUCGAUAGUCGCUCGAGCAAGCGCAAGAUGGCAGAGAUUGAUGCUGCGAGAGGCGCACUAAGCUCGCACAGUCUUUCCCUAGAAAUAAUGCCGUCACAGACAACUGAAGAAGCACCGGACGAACGACAAAACCGCCUCCUGCAGAAGAUACUUACACUUUGGAAAGCCGACCCAGCCAUUGGCAAACUGAUCCUUACAGAGGCGAACACAGACUCACCUAGCAAGGGGGCGGCUUUUGCAUCUUCCACCAACGGCACAGGCAUACCAUUGUCACUAGCCACUGUUCACUCUAUACCCAAGAACCCAUCCCUACUCAAGGCUGGAUACCUUCUAACCCCUGACCCUGCAGCUCGGGAACCCUCACGCUGGAUCCGACGCUACGUUGAGCUCCGUCAGCCAUACAUGCACAUUCAUUCUGCAACGGCAACUGAGCACGAAGAGAUAGGUGCUAUCAAUCUCAACUCUUCACGUGUGGAUGCGGCUCCACAGAUUGCAAAAUUGCUCAGACGCGAAGGAGGCACGCCAACGGCCGUGGGCAGACACGGUGUUCCUGCUGUCGCAGCACCUGGAAAUGUGUUUGCAGUAUACGGUAGCACCAAGGCGUGGAUAUUCGCGGCAAGGACGGAAAGAGACAAGAGCGAAUGGAUCUUCGCAAUUGACAGAAGUUAUAUUGGGACAGAAGAUUUUGAGGAUGAUGAGGAUGAGGACGACCGUUAUUAA